CCAAACCAAUCUGAUGUUGUUUUCCGCGUGUCAAAUGUGUGUUUAAGUUAUGUCUAUCAUACCUGGCUGAGAUUCUCGGACUAUAUACGUGUUUUAGACAGCGAAAAUAGCCUUUUCGUCAUUCUUGUGGCUAUCGACUGUCUGUUGCCACUCUCGCGUAUUAACGAACUAUAGCUGUUAGCUGCCGGUGGCUAAGUGGCUAAUAACACUACCACUACUACUGUUAGUGAUAAGUUGACAAAACUCCAGACACCUUUUUGUAAUGAAAGUCAACGACUGCUUCGUGUCUGCUCCUGGGAAGGCGAUCCUUCACGGGGAGCAUGCAGUCGUGCACGGGAAGGUGGCUCUUGCUGUCAGUUUGAACCUGAGAACAUUUUUAAAGUUGAAGGCCACCACUACUGGCAAAGUUUGCAUCAAUCUCCCGAAUAUUGACAUAUUUCUCAGCUGGGACCUUUCUGAGCUGAAGCAGCUAAUUCCUUAUUGCUGUGCUCAGCGGGUGGAGCUGAAAUGUCUGGACCCUGAACUCGUGAGGAGACUGCGUGAAUUUGUUGGCGCUGCAGAUGGAAACCUGGACACCUGCCACAUGGCCACCUUAGCCUUCCUCUACCUCUACCUCUCGUUGUUUGGCUCAGGCGAGCUGCCCAGCUUGACGGUGUCUGUGUGGUCGGAGCUGCCGACUGGAGCGGGACUGGGGUCAAGUGCCGCCUACUCGGUGUGUUUAGCCGCAGCUCUGCUCUGCACGAGUGGAGCCAUUACCGCUCCACUCAGAGAGCCAGAUCACGCCGCCAGGUGGUGCCAGGAGGAUCUGGAGCUCAUCAACAGCUGGGCAUUCCGAGGGGAAAUGAUCAUCCAUGGUAAUCCAUCAGGAGUGGACAAUGCUGUAGGAACAUGGGGUGGCAUGCUGAGGUUCUUGGCUGGGAAGAUAAUACCACUGAGCAGAGUGCCGUUAUUAAGAAUCCUCCUCACUAACACCAAAGUACCUCGCAGCACCAAGGUACUUGUUGCCGGGGUGAAGGACAAAAUUAACAAGUUUCCCGCUGUGAUGACCCCAGUGUUGGACUCAGUCGAUGCCAUUUCCUGCACAUGUGAGAAAGUCCUCUCAGACAUGACCUCUGAACCCAUCACAGGAGAGCACUACAAUAUUUUAGAGGAGCUCAUUGACAUUAACCAGCACCAUCUGAAUGUGUUGGGCGUGGGACACCCUGCCCUGGACACACUGUGUCGGGUCACGCUAACCAGAGGACUGCACAGCAAGCUAACUGGUGCGGGGGGAGGAGGCUGUGGCGUCACACUACUCAGACCAGAAACGGACUCCCAGGUUGUGGAGAGUACAGUGCAGGACUUGAGAAACUGCGGCUUUGACUGCUGGGAAACGAGUAUUGGCGGGCCAGGUGUCCAGCAGCACUCUCCUUUGUCUGUUAAGGAUGAAGUUCUGGAGAUUUUAAACCGAUAUUAACACACACACGCACAUCUGUCGGCCACACAAGAGGACAACCUGGGCCGUUUUGUCAGUUUGUUGCCAUAACUUGAAGACCUGAAGUGUGCUGAUGUAAUAAAAUGGGACAGAGGGGACACUUCACUAUGUGCAGAGCUGGAAAGAGCUGCCUGGACUGUUAAUUACACAUUUUCCAAAUCAAUUUGUAAAAUUUGAGACCAACUAAUUGACUGUUGUAUGGAGUGUUUGCUUGUUUAAUGAACUCCAGUUUGCACGAUUCUGUACUGAGCUCUUUGUCCACUAGAUGGCAUUAGAGUCGCAUUAAUACUCCUCAUGAAAGAUUUCUGGUAAGAGGUUCUGAUAAAUUAAUAUGUAAGUGAAGCACUGGCAGGAUCAUGUUGGAGCAGUAGGGUCAACCUAUUUUAAUGGAUUAGAUUAGUCAUUCACAGUCAGCCAUUAAUUACUUAGUCCUGACAUUUUAACGUGCAGCGGUGUUGUAUAGUGGCUAAAGCAAAUAUUUAUGAUUAUGUAGGAUUUUACAUGACAAAAAAAUAAAACUCUUUUUGAUGCCAUCAACAAAAUCCCAGUGAUUCCCAUUACUCAUAGUUAUAGAAAGGAAAUGAUGGUGUCAUGAUACAUUAGAAUGCACACAGUGCAUCUGCCAUAAUUGAGACCACUUUAAAAAACCUUUUUACACUAUUGUGUAAUCCUGCACUUUUCAUAAAUCAGGCUCUACAUUUAAAUGUAAAAAAAACAACCCGUUAAAAGUCAAUUAAAA